CCUUCUCUUUACUAGUAGCUAGCCAUCCUUUUCCCAUCUCUAUAAAUCUCUUCUCUCCAUCUUUGUUGAGGUUCACAAACCAACCAAACAAGGCUUAGUACAAAUUUUAGUUGAUUUUAAACGAAGCUACUCAGUCCCUUCAUUGUCAAACCACCACAAUAAUAAUAGGGGAUUUUGUCUAAACAUGUUAAGCUGCGGCGAAAUGAGUGUUCUUGAGAGACAGAGAGCAGUGUUGGAACGUCUUUAUAGCCAAUCCAAACAGCAGCUUUCUUCUCUGCCUCUGCAAAAUCUUGCUCAGUUUAACAAUUUGAUUACUGAGCAAAUGAUGGGCAGCCUUGACAUUCCAAUUGAACGAAUGAACGAGAAUUUUACGAACUUCAAUAUGUUUGGGAGAGAACAUGAUAAGGCCAUAAUAGGCUUUGGUUUUACCAAUAAUUGGCAAGAAACAGCUCGUCCCUCUUUCUCUACAGUCUCGAAUUCAUCCAUUACAACAGUGUCUCCGCCGCCAGAGAAAGAAAUAGAUACAAUUGUAGCUCCGACAGGAAAUGUGGUGUCAACAAAUAAGAGAAAAGCAGAGCAAUUUUCUGAGGAAGAGGAUUGUAAAAUCAAGAGACCUCAGUCAGAGAUUAGUGAGAAAAGCCAAAGAGCUGCUUCAGGGAAUAAUUCAAAGGAGAAUUCUAAGACAUCAGAGGUUCAAAAACCUGAUUAUAUUCAUGUCAGGGCACGUCGUGGUCAAGCCACUGAUAGCCACAGCUUAGCAGAAAGAGCUAGAAGGGAGAAAAUCAGUAAGAAGAUGAAAUAUUUACAAGAGUUAGUCCCAGGUUGCAAUAAAGUGACUGGCAAAGCCGGAAUGCUAGAUGAAAUCAUCAAUUACGUUCAAUCUCUACAGAAACAAGUCGAAUUCCUAUCAAUGAAACUUGCUGCUCUAAAUCCUAGACUUGAUUUGAACACAGAUAACUUAUUCACCAAAGAUUUCCCCUCUUACAUGUCCAAUUUUCCAACAAUAGAUGUUCCCACAUAUUCGGAAUAUAACUUAAUCCAACACCAACAAAUGUUACCCCAAAGAAGCGAAAACUGUUUAAUGUCAUUUCCAGAAGCAACUUCCUCCCCUAUUUCGGUAGUACAGCAGCAGCCAAAUUUUGAAACUGAUUUGCAGAGCCUUUUUCAGUGUCAGCUUUAACUAGUUAAGGAUGAUUGAUCAACAAAUAUUCUAGUGCAGAAUGGUCUUGAUUAUGGUGCCUUUCCAUUUUAAGUACUAUUUAUCUGGGACUGUUCUUUGAGAAGCAGAAUUAGAACUCAUUCCACUAGCUCCUGUAUAAAAAAUUCAACAACCUUUUAAGAGAAAUUCUUACAUUUUACACAUUUAUAAGGCAUAUUGUGAUCUAUUCAUAUGUAUAGCCAAAGUUGCAGUAUUUGACUGAUAUGUAAUGGAGUAAUAAAAGAUUGAUCUUGUAAUCUUUCUUA